AUGGAUCGUUUUCUUUCUGAAGUGACUACACUGGCAGUCGGACUCCUUCUUUCGGGAGCUAUUUUUGGGGCUUUUAAAGCAGGCCGACUUUUCGAACGAAGUACUAUUGCGGAGAGUAUACAUGACUUGGCUCUCGAAAAGCUGAAACAAAAGACCGAAUCGAGACUAGAGAUGCUUUGGAAAGAGUAUAGAGAUACGAAUGGAACUCCGCAAUUACCGGAAGGACUCCGUUUCAAAGAUGUGGUUGAGCAUUCCUUUAUUAUGGACGAAGAGCUCAAAGAACAAUUUCUCGGGCUAAACUAA